ACAAUAUCAAACAAUUGUUUACCUUUUUUUAUCAAUGUACUAAAAUAAUUGUGUACCCAACAAAAGCCCUUGGCAUAGUAAAAGUAAGCACAACAGAAUGAAGAGUCACGUAACAUCCAUGAAGAGUUCAACACUUUUCGUAUUUAAAUUGCCUAUAUUGUGCCUUAUAAGGCUGAUGCUUAAAAAUAUGAAAAGACAUUGAAGUAAGUCAUAAACAUAUUAUAAAACAAAUGGCAAAGAAGACUAAACAACUAAACCAAUCAAAUCAAAUAUAAAAGACAACUUGUCAACAGCAGUCAACAUUGUUCUACAAACAUUCACUAAGUCAGCACAUAACAUAAUCCAAACAGUAUCACUAAAACCGAAAAACAAAAUGGCAAAGUUCUACACAAUCCUGGCUGUGCUCGCAGUAUCACUAGCAUUGGUCAACGCUGAACCACCACGUUUCCGCAACGCACGUCGUAACGGACAAUUACGCUUCAACAAUGGCAGACGAUUCUUCGCAAGACAAGAAGUUGCACCAGCACCAGCAGACGCAGCACCAGCAGCUGCACCUUAUCCACCAGCUGGAGUUACACCCGAAACACCAUUUGAUUUACCAACCGAAACUGAAGCGCCAAUUGUGCAACCUGAUGAUACCUAUGGUCCACCAGACCAAACAUAUGGUCCACCAGAUCAAACUUAUGGACCACCAGAUCAAACUUACGGUCCACCAGAUCAAACUUAUGGCCCACCACCAGCUGAACAAGAAAUUUUACCCGAACCCGAUAAUACUUAUGGGCCACCUGAUGCUGUUGAUGCUCAAGAUGCCGCACCAGCUAUAGAUGAACCUGCUCCAGUGGACCCAGCGCCAGCUGAUAAUGGUGGUGAUUUAGUUUCUCAGAAUUUAAUACAACCACGUAAUAGAAAUUUGCGUAGUCGCGCCCGUUCAGCUCCAUUACGUUUAAGGGCAGUUCCCGCUAAACGGGGUAGUAUUGUCGAAAUUGUGCGUGCUGAACCAAUUAUUGUUUAUACUUUGCAGUAACGUAAAGUUAGAUUAAUAAUUAUAAUAAAUUUGUUGUAGUGGGAUUUGUUAAUUUUUAUAAA